UCUGUGAGCGAUGCGCGCAGCCAGACGCGAGGCAGGCGAUUGUUGGCCUAGGCGGGGUGGGUCGCAGCUUGCGAUCGAGCACGCCUACCGCACGCGCGAGCAAUCCCCAGAGACGUGGGUACUGUGGGCGCACGCCAGCAACGCCGCCCGGCUCGAGCAGAGCUUCCGCGAUAUUGCCGACCGCGUCAAGAUAGCCGGGCGACAGGAUCCGGAAGUCAACAUCUUUAAGCUGGUGCACGACUGGCUGUGCGAUAGCAAGCAGCCAUGGCUGCUCGUGCUAGACAACGUGGACGAUGCCAGCUUUCUACUCGAGGCCCAACCUGCCAGCUCCAAAACCGCAGCUAGACCGCUGCGCGAGUACCUCCCCUACUGUAAGCACGGCUCGAUCCUUGUUACAACGCGAAACAAAGAAGCGGCGCUGCAGCUGGUGGAGCAGCGCAACAUCAUCACACUUGAUCCAAUGGACGAGGCGCAGUCGCUGACGCUGCUUGCAAAGAAGCUGGGAGCGCAAGCCGACAAGAGCGAUGGUGCUGAGCUGGCGGAGCUGACGGAGCUUGCUGCAGCGCUUGAGUACAUGCCGCUCGCCAUCACCCAGGCUGCUGCGUACAUCUCGCAGAGAGCGCCACUGUGCUCGGUGGCACAGUACCUUGACCAGUUCAAGAAGAGCGAGCGCAGGCGGACGAGCCUUCUCAACCGUGACGGAGGCCAGCUUCGGCGAGACCGUGAGGCGAAGAACUCGAUCAUCACGACGUGGCAAAUCUCCUUCGAGCACAUACAGCAGACGCGGCCAUCAGCUGCAGACCUGCUAUCGCUGAUGAGCUUCUUCGACCGCCAGGGGAUUCCCAGGAAUGUGCUGCAGACGCAAGCUACACAUGAAGAUGGCGAAGCCAAUCAAAAGGUUGAUAAGGCCAAGGCUGAGGCUGAUCGUAAUGAGGAAGACGAUAGAAUGCAGUCUAACUGCCAGGUCGGGGACAUUAAGGAAUAUUUUAACGACCACCCCAAGAACGGACCUGAAAAUAUCCCCUCGCACGACUCAUCGGAUGACUUUGCAGACGACGAUUCUAAGGACGACGAUUCUGAGGACGACGAUUCUGAGGACGACGAUUCUGAGGACGACGAUUCUGAGGACGACGACUCGAGAGACGAUACUUUCUAUGAAGACAUUUCAGCGCUGCGCAGCUUCUGCUUCAUCUCCGUGAACAACGACGGCAUGACCUUUGAGAUGCACGCCCUUGUGCAGCUAUCAAUGCGUACCUGGCUUGCGGCGAACAGAAAGCUAGAGCAGUGGAAACAGCACUUUAUCAAUAGCCUUUCCGCAGCGUUCCCAACAGGAAAUUAUGAGAACUGGGCAGCCUGUCAAGCGCUGUUCGCACACGCUAAGGCGGCAGCUGGCCAGAAGCCAGAAGCGACAUCCUCGCUAAUAGAAUGGGCUACGCUACUAUAUCGUGCAGCAUGGUAUGCAAAGAGCAAAGGAAGCGCAGCAGAAGCAGAAAUCCUAGCAAUACAGUCAAUGAAGGUACGAAAGACGGUCUUAGGGCGAGAGCAUGAGGACACGGUAUGGAGCAUUGCAAUGGUGGCAGAUGCUUACUCACUUAGUGGACGAUGGGAUGCAGCAGAGGAGCUGGAGGUGCAACCAAUCUGGCGUCGACCUACCGGGGUCAAGGGCGAUGGGAUGCAGCAGAGGAGCUGGAGGUGCAAGUGA